UAUAUAUAGAUAUAAAUAGAUGUAUUCUUCGUAUUUUAUUGUACAUUUGUCUCCAGAUUUUUGCUAUUACAAAUGAUGCUGCUAUGAACUUAAAAAAUUUCUCAAAUAAUCAUGACAACUUGACAUCAUUAUUGAGGCAUAUAAACCACUCUGUUAAGACAAUCAAAUUUUCAAAAGUGUUGUGAUUAAAUGAAUAGUGACACUCAAUAAGUUUAGAGAAAUAAAUAUUAAAUUUGUGUGCUGCAUGCUUUUCCAUAUGUCUUAAUGAAUCCUCUUCCUAUGAAGUAAGAGGUGGUAUUUUAUAGACCAGGAAGCUAAGGAUCAAAAAGGUGAACAGCUUACCCAGUGGGGUUCUCUAGCUAAUAACUGGUGAAUCUAGAUUUCAAACUUAGGUUCCCUGACUUGAGAUCUAGGACUCCUGCUGUCCCACAUUGUCAGUUUGGCUAGUCUAAAGGAAAUAAAAAUAGCUUGUCCCAGUUGCAUGAUUCCUUGGCUCAAACAUGAGCAGCUAAAUCUAUGGUUUGCUUCUUCUGGAUGUGGAAUGCAAAUAACCAUAAAAGCAGUCCCUACUUAAAAACAACUUGUGAAUAAUACCUACUUUGUUAACAGAAAGUAACAAUAAGAAAAAACUACUUAAGUUUGUGUUUAAUCUUCCAUCGAUUCACCUCUCACUGUCAGGCCUUCUCUAUUGAUUUUACUGGGCCCUUGCAGGAUUUGAGUUUGCAGGGAGAUCUCCCUAAAGAAACUACUCCCUACCCCUCUCCCAUGGCAUUUAAAAAUCAAGCAGAUCCCUCCUGCCAUGUUGCUAGAAAAUGUAUUGGUUAUUAGGGUACCAUUAGGUUGUGCAGUGAUCCAUAGCUCAGAAAUCAGGAAGGGCCCUCCAGUUGUUUGUCAGCUGUCUUCCCAUCACUCCUGAGACAUCGGUUGUCCCAGAAUGCUGCCGAAGUUUCACUAUGCCCAUCCCACCUUGGAGCGUGAUAAACUUUGUAGGGCUGGGAACUCCUAUGCCUGUGGAUUCUCCCUGGGUGCAUCAAGGACCUCUGGGUGUUACCAUCUCACCACAGUGUCGCUUCUGGCAAGUGCUGAGCAGGCCUCUGCUCCCUUUAAUUUUCAGAUCUCUGACUUCUUGAUGUCUAUUUGGGAAAAUAUCCCCUUCUCUUUGGCUUCCUUCAGAGGCAUGUUUGCCUAGCACUUAUGUCCCCUUCUUUGGAUUAAAAAAAAAAAAAAGAUUUUUUUUCUUUUGGAAAACUGCUCUUUUCCUACCUCCAUGCCAUAUGGUUUCAUGGGCUAAUUUAACCUUCUGGUUCCAGAACUGGAUACAAGCCACUUGGCCAAUCAGAUUCAUCGUGAUUGAUUCAGGAGUAAGCAUGGCAUGUGAUCAAACCAAGCCUGGAACUUUGCUGGAAUUUGAGGAAAACAGGUGUUCUUCCUUAAGGGUUGCUAAUUAUUAAGGGGAAAGUUUGAUGCUGCUGAUGUUCAGGUUUGUCAGAUUAAGAGCUCACCUAAGAAUCAAACCAUCACAGAAAAAAAAGCUGAGAAAUGGAGACAAUUUUAUUAACAUUUUAGCCAUUGUGUCUAGCCAUGCCAGAAAUCAGAGCUAUUCCUGGACUUUUCUGUUAUUUGAGCAAAUAAACUUCUGUUUUUCCUUAAGCCAAUUUGAGUUGGAUUUCUGUUACUAACUGAAAGACUCUUCAUACACUUGCACUUUCCUCUUGACAUCAAACACAUUCCUCACCUCCCCUACUUUGGCAUGUCACUUUAAUCUUUUAGUUAGCUUAGGGCUUUUACAAAAGACAAAAAGCUAUUAACUUGAGGUUGCUUCCUCUCAACCCAAAGAAAAGCACCUGCUCCUACUUUGAAAUGAAAGAAAGAAAAAAGCACAAAUUGAUAUGUAAAAAAGGAUAUCCCACCGUUCUCCUGGGAAAUGGGACCAAGUAAGAGCUCCUAAAUAUAAGAAGAGAUGAGGCAAUUCUGAUCAGUCUCAAUAUCUUCAGGGCAAGCUCCUCUGUUGAGUUGCUUGGAAGCUUGGAGCAACUAGAAGUGGGAACCAGGAGAAACAGGGCCCUGUGGAAGCUGAAGCCCUUCUCCCAAAGACGAAGAAAUAAAUGAGGAAAUGCAAGUGAGGGAAGAUAAGCGUUGAGUGUUUUUACAAUGGCUACACAAACUAGUCAUGUCUUCCAUGGUCAAGAAAAUAACUUUCUGGAGAAUGAUUGCAUGAGGAGGAACACUGACAAAGAUCCAAAGAAGCAGUUGAACCAGGAGACAAUGAAUGGACUUGGCCAAAAUCCAGACGAUGGACUACUGGUUACACAUGUUAACCAGACACAGGACCUACUGAGGCUACAGGAGAGUAAGAACCAGUCUUCCACUUCUGAGGACUCCGAAGAUUGGCUCUCGAGUCACAGUUUAGAGUUUGAGAAACUCACCUUGGCUGAUCUGGUAAAGCAGGGCACAGCUGUGCUGGAGGAAGGCAGCAACAUCAUGCAGAAAAUACGCUUCCCCACCCAGACCGUCUGCCAUUUUGAAUCAAAGCUUUCUGAAGCCAUUGAACUCUAUCAACAGAGGCUUCAGUGGCUCACAGAAAACAGCAAUAAGGCAUUCGGCCUCAUCAAAGGGGCCAAAGUAGGCAUCCUCAUUGACACAUCGGCAGUCGGCAGUGGCCCUCAGAGAGAGCAGUUCCAGAGUGACCUCGUGAGCCUCAUUGACGAGCAGCUGAGCCACAAGGAGAAGCUGUAUGUCCUGUCCUUCGGCACCACCACCAGCUCCCUCUGGCCAGACCCAGUGGAAGUCAGCGCCUCCACCCUCCAGGAACUCAAGCUCUGGGUCAAGAAACUGCAGCCCGAGGGAGGCAGCAAUUUGCUACAAGCCCUGAAGAAAGUCUUCACUCUGAAGGAGCUGAAUUCUCUAGUGACCAUCAUGGGCAGCUGCCCCGAUCAGCCUUCUGAAAUCCUGUCUGACUACAUCCAACAGGCCACGAUGGGAAGGGGCCUCUUCAUCCAUGUUGUUACCUACAAAUGUGAUGGUCAACUGCCCCCCGCUGUCCUGAAGAACCUUGCAGAAGCCCUUGGAGGCUGCUACCACUGCUACAGCGUGGAGACAGAGCUCUGUGCCAGCCGGGAAGUGGAUGAGCUCCUGGCAGAAAUGCAAAAGGCCCAGAGCCUCCUCAGCCACAUCCAAGCCCUGCGCCAGAGCAGUCCGUGUGAGGAGCUAACCUGCAUGCCGAAGCAAUUCCAGAAAUAUCAAGAGAAGGAGACGGGGAUGAUGCCUUUGAUUUUCCAGAUUUCCACAGAGAUUGCAAAAGGGCCACUCACAAGUCUCUUGCCUAAACCUCCAAAGCAUGAAGCUCCUCUCACAAUUGAGUUCCCAAACUUGGAUAAGACUUCUGCAGAAUGGCUCAAGGUUAAUAGUCUAAAAGCUAAGAAAUUAAGCCUUUAUCAGGUUCUGGCACCCAACGCAUUCUCUCCUGUGGAAGAAUUCGUGCCUAUUCUCCAGAAAACUGUGUCAUCAACUAUCCAUGAGAAGGCAAUGGUACAGUUUGAGUGGCACGACGGGACAGUGAAGAAUAUUCAUGUGGAUCCGCCCCUACUCUAUGAGUACCAGAAACAGCUCAGCAGAGCCGUGCGAAUAUUUGAGAGGCGGAUUGAGUGGCUCUCCCUGGCCAGCAGACGAAUCUGGGGCACUGUCUGUGAAAAAAGGGUGGUUUUACUGCUGGAUAUCUCUGCGACCAAUUCCAUGUACAUUAUUCAUAUCCAGCACUCCCUGAGGCUGCUGCUGGAGGAGCAGCUCUCCAACAAAGACUCCUUCAACCUCAUCGCGUUUGGAGCCACAAUUGAAAGCUGGAGGCCAGAGCUGGUUCCUGUGACCCACGACAACUUACAGAGCGCCUGGCGGUGGGCCCUGACCCUGCAGUGCGGGGGCAGCAGAAAUAUCCUCAGUGCCCUGCGGAAGGCCGUGGAAGUGGACUUCAAGGACAAGGACAAACACCAAUCCCAGGGCAUCUACCUCUUCACCGGGGGCAUCCCCGACCAGGACGUGUCCAUGCUCUGCGCCUACAUGGCAGAGGCCUGUAGCGGCUGCGACCUCCAGUUGAACGUGUGUCUCUUCUACGUGGGUGAGCCGCAAAUGGACAGCAUAGCCCCUGCCUGCUAUGCCAGCCGCACUGACACAGCCACUGCCUACAAGGAGGUCACCCGGGCUACUGGUGGCCGCUUCCACUGGUUUGGAGACACAGGCAUUUAUGAGAGUGAUGACAUCAGCUCCAUCAUAUCCGAAAUGGAAAAGGCUCUCAACUACUCCCAAAAGUGUGCCUUCUUAGUGGCCUCCCUGAAGAACCACUCAAAAAAGGAACUGGAGAGUGCAGCCCUCCCAAAGGAGAAGCCAAAGAUACCCAAGCAAGGAAGUCAGCCCAAGAAAUGCUGCCCUCCCAAGCCCACGGCCCCCGCAGUGGCCAGAACGAACAUUCAGGAUGGCCCUGACAGAGAGAAGAGCCCUUCCUUGAAAACUCUGAAAUGGUGUCCACACAGUGGCAGAGCAAGUGCCUCCCCAGCUGCAGCGGAGCCAGUGAAAGAAAGGACGACAGCAUGGAGAAGGAAGAACAAAUCAAGGGACACAGAGACUUCUGUCUCACUGUUCUAUACAGAGACAGGGAAUAACGUGGGUUCUGUGUACAAAAAGUACCCGCAAGGAAAGGGUAUAAGAAGGAUCAGAGGUUCUAUUGAGUUGCCCAGAAAGGAUGCAGUGUGUUCAAGCCAAGAGUGGGUAGCAAAUUAUGGGCUAAAAAAACUGAAGAUGGAAAUCUCUAGACACAUCGGUCCCAACUGCACUCACCAAAAGUCAGCACAGAGGUCGGCAUCAGCCAAAUACUGCAGCUGCAGUGCCUUCCCCAGCGUAGAGAUCAAAGGGGUGGUGAGACACAUCCAGUGGACGCUCAGGGAAAUGGAGGCGUACAUCUCGCGCCUGGAGAAGCUGAUGAGGCGCUACGUGCAGAGGCUGCAGUGGCUGCUGUCAGGGAGCCGCCGGCUGUUUGGCGCCAUCUUGGAGAGCAAAGUGUGCAUCCUGCUGGACACCUCGGGGUCCAUGGGCCCCCACCUGCAGCAGGUGAAGACAGAGCUGACUCUGCUGAUUUGGGAGCAGCUGCGGAAGCGGUGUGACAGUUUUAACCUGCUGAGUUUCGCAGAGGGCCUACAGCCAUGGCAGGACAGCCUGGUGGAUACCACAGACGCAGCGUGUCACAAGGCGAUGCAGUGGGUGGCCCACCUGCAAGCUCAGGGGAGUACCUCAGUCUUGCAAGCUUUACUGGCAACGUUCAGUUUUCAUGACGUGCAAGGCCUGUACCUCCUGACUGACGGGAAGCCGGACACAAGCUGCAGCCUUGUUCUAAAUGCGGUCCAAAGACUCAAGGAGGAAAGAGACGUGAGAGUGCACACCGUGUCCCUGAACUGCACAGACAGAGAAGCGGUCGAGUUUCUGAGAAAGCUGGCAGCCUUCACUGGCGGGCGCUAUCACUGCCCGGUUGGAGAAGACACGCUCUUCACAAUCCAAGGCCUGCUCACCAAGGGCUUCAUCGAUGAUCAGGAUCCCCCGUUGCCACCAUUUGAAGGAGAUGAUUUAAGAAGAUUGGCCCAGGAGAUCACCAAGGCCAGAAGCUUCCUGUGGCAGGCCCAGUCCUUCAGGUCCCAACUCCAGAGGAAAAGCAGCACUGACCCCCAGGUCACUGCUUGUUAGAGACGUGUUCUCAGAUCACUGCUCGCUGAGAAGCCCCACGGGAGCCCCGUGCCUGGAACACCCUUCUUGCCACCUUCUGCCCGAUGACUCCCACUCACCCCCCUGAGACACAACUCAGAUGACAUCAGCUCCCGUGUGAAGAUGUCACUGGACCCAUCUGGAGCCGGGAGUCUGCAGAGUCGGGAGCCUCCAGCCUUCCUCUCCCAGCAGCCUAAGCCGCCAUGCCUCUUACUGCAUUUGCCGUUCCAUCUCACAGUUCCUUGCUCACUUCUCUAACUCUUCUUGCCCGUGUGUUCCCUCGGGAUGAAGCUGGUGUCCUAUUCAUCCCUAAGUCCCCAGAAUCUGCUGCAUGGCAGACAGGAAGGAGACACUGAGCGCUGGGCCGAGCUGUGAGAGCCCAGCUCUGCAAACAGCCAGCCAGGGCUACUUCUGCCCUGGUGCUCUCUGUGCUGCCCCUGCCCUGGGGCACGAGGCCCACGCAGGUUCAACGUCAGCCCAUCUUACUGCAAGAAGAAACAAGUGAGCCUCUGCCCCACCCUCAACCCUGGCUCGGCCAAGCUGGACUGAAGGUUGCUCUGGAACGCAGGCCGGAGUAAACGUGGCUGGAGCACAUGACAAUUGGGCAGGUGGUGGGGGCCUAGUCCCACCGUGCAUAUAAGAAGUGAAUGUGUCACUGUUUGGGGUCGUUUUCUAAAAUAAAAAUGCUUUUAUUUUCAUUAA